CAACAAACUCGUGGACUUCGACCUUACUUUGCGGAGCAACUUAUUUAUUUGGGAUCGUGACUUGGUAUUUUGAUAAUGCUGCGGGCAUUUUAUAGAUCGCUGGCUCCUCCCAUCAGGCACAGCUCUCUCAGGAUGCCUCUAAAGGGAAAGAUCCCCGGGCGCCGGAUGUUCUCUGUACAGGACUCCCUCCCCCGUCUGCCUGUCCCGCCCCUAGACCAGACCCUGAACAAGUACCUGAGGGUGGUGCAACCCCUGCUCACCCCAGAGGAAUUCAAAGAGACAAAGCAGAUUGUGGAGAAGUUUGCCAAGAGUCCAGGUCCUGAGCUGCAAGAGAAACUGCUUCACAGGGCAAAUGUCACAGAGAACUGGCUGGCUGAUUGGUGGUUAGACACAGCUUACCUGUCCCCCAGGGGUCCCAUCAUGAUCCAUAUUAACCCAGGCCUUACCAUGCCACCUCAAGACUACACUGAUGAGAAGGGACAACUGAAGUUUGCUGCCAAGCUCAUCGCUGGUGCUCUGGAUUUUAAAAUCAUGAUUGAUGAACAGACGUUACCGGUGGAGCAGUUGGGGGGUAAACCGCUGUGUAUGCUUCAGUUCUACAAGAUCCUGUCAGCCUGUAGAAUACCUGGUCCUAAGAUUGACACCUGGAAGAACUACCCGCCUAACGAACCUAACCCACCUGGACAUAUCAUUGUGCUACGUAAUAAUCAUAUCUUUUCUGUUGAUGUUUACGAUAAAUCCAGAAAGCCUCUGCCAGUGAGUCAGCUGUUUAAAAACCUGAAAAUUGUGGCAGAACAAUCUCAGCAGUCAACAGCCCCCCUUGGAAUCCUCACCACAGAGAACAGAAACACAUGGGGCAGUGCCUACAAGCGGCUGUGUAAAGAUAAAGACAACAAGAAGGCAUUUGACGUCAUUCACCGCAGCAUCUUCGUUCUGUGCCUUGAUCGGCUGUUCCCAUUGGACAAUCCCGACAGUCGCCUCACUGUGACAGCCAAUCAGAUGUUACAUGGAGGAGGCAGUGACUUAAACACCUGUAAUCGGUGGUUUGAUAAAACAUUACAGUUCAUCGUAGGCCCUCACGGAAUUUGUGGUCUGAACUAUGAACAUUGUUCUGCAGAAGGUCCACCAAUUACAGCCCUUGUAGAUCAUGUGGUCAAUUUCUGUGACAAGGCUGAAGAGACAACGAAUUCUCCUGUUGAGUCAGACCCACCCAGACGUCUCAAGUUUAACCUGGACACCCAAACGCUGGAGGACAUUGAGGCAGCCAAGGUGCACGCAGACUCACAAAUUAGCGACCUUGAUUUGACAGCCUUGACUUUCAACCAUUUUGGCAAAGCUUUUGCAAAGUCCAGCAAAGUGAGUCCAGAUGCCUUCAUCCAGGUGGCUAUACAACUGGCUUACUACAGAAUUCAUUCCGAGCAUGGCAGUACAUACGAGAGCGCCUCAACACGCAUGUUCCAGUCAGGGCGCACAGAGACCAUACGGUCGUGUACACCUGAAGCCUGCGAGUUCACAAGGGCAAUGUCCGAGGGCAAACCAAGGGAGGUCACUGAGAAGCUGCUUCGGACAGCUAUCACGGCUCACAGGCAAUACACAGCAGAUGCUAUAAGUGGUCAGGCAAUUGACCGUCACCUGUUAGGUUUGAAGCUGGCCGCAUUGGAGAGUGGUCAGAACGUGCCUGACCUUCACAUGGACGGAGCCUACGCCACGGCUAUGAAGUUUAAACUGUCCACCAGCCAGGUGCCCUCCAAGGCCAGCAAAACUGUGAUGUGUUACGGCCCAGCCACUCCAGAUGGUUAUGGAGUAUGCUACAAUCCUAAGGACGAGAAAAUCCACAUAGCGGUAACAGCCUUCAACACCAGUCCUGAAACUGACUCUUCUAAUUUUGUCAGAGUUUUGGAACAGUCAAUGCUGGACAUGAGAACUGUUUUAGGAGAAACUGUGACAUCUAAGUUGUGAGACGUCUUUUGCUUGUGUGAUGUGUGUAAAUGUGUGAUCAAUGCAUCUAGUGCUGACAACCAUCCCAUGAAAAUGGAGCCUUUUUGUGGCAGAGGAACUUCUGUAGUCAAGGGAUCUUCUUGCAGGUGUAAUAUUGUUUAAAUGAUGUAUGUGCUGCUGCAAGCAGUUGUUAUUGGGUUUUCCAGUGGACUAAGGCAGCUAUCUGUCGUAGGAUGUGCAGUUCUCCAUGGCAAUUAAUGGCUUCUUAUUUUGGCAGGGUUUAUGUGUCUUGAUCACUCCAUUAGCAUCAUAAUAAGGGUCAAGAUGGACUCAAAUACCAACAGAGGUUGUGUGAUCAUCUCCAAUUGUUGUAGGGAAAUCUGUUCCGUGAUCCUCGUAUUAAUUAAUGAUUUAUGGAAUUUAUGCAUGUAAAUUAUGUGGAGGAGGGGAUAUGUAAAACAAUACUGACUGGGUGAAUCAUAUUCAGUGCUUAAGGUUUAUGAUGUAAUUUUUACGAGUGUUUUUAAAGUAAGGCCUGCAAAAUUUGCUAAAGAAAGCAGGAUAAAAACAAGAGAUGGAUAAAGAAUUUCGAAUCAUGUAAUUAGAACAUUGAGCUUAGCACAUCACUGCUAAUUGUGCACAACACUGUUAAGUGCUCAAAAUGGGAGACAACAAGGGGAUAUUUGUGCACCAUUGCUGUCUAAUCCUAAUCACGUGUGUUGUAAUCCUUAUGUAAUGUGUUUAUACACCAGUAGCUUUCAUAAGCUAGGGGCACGACCUUGGCAGCAUGACCUUGGCAACACGGUAUUAAAGUCUGUUCAACUUUACAUGUACAGUAGAAACAAAUAUAUUGUAACAUUGUAGAUGUAAAUUGUAGUACAUAUCCUUUUUGGCGUAACAAUGGCUCAAGGUCCUGCUGUAAACAAGUGACACCACCUUGGAUUGAAAAAUUUGCUGCCACACCAUUGGUCAUCAAGUAUUCCAGGAGCAGUGGUCCGCACAGUUUGCGGUGUCAUCACCAUAGCAGCCUCGUGUCAAUCAUCUGAUCUGCUAUAGAUGUAACCUGCCUAAAAAAAAACAGUGCCAAAAAGUGAAAUACAUGUCUUGCUGCCUUGGAGUAAUAUAUAAAGCAUUGGAGGUGGCAUAUUUGUGUAUUGCUUUGAAUAAUUGUUAUGCUAAAUGCUGAGGUAACUUAAUACUUAUUAAUUUCAGCAUUAUCACCUCUUCAUGACUGUAAUAUUCCUUUUGCUCUGUACAGUACAACAGUUUGCUGCAUAGAAGUUUAGGUACGCAGAAUUGAUGAAGAUGGCUACAUGUAAAUAUUGUAGUUGAAUUCAUAAUGUUGCAGUACUUUCACAUCAGAUGAUUCAUACGUGUAUUAGUUCAGAGCUGACAGCUUUGUAAUGGUUGUGUGUAGUUUUGUGUACUAUGUGCUAUGGCAUUGUAUGAUAUAGAGUAGCAGCAUACUGUAGUCUAAUGUCAGUGUAAUUGAUUGACUUGAUACAUGUAGUACAUUAUAAAGCAGGCAUUACCAGAUGAAAGCAUUGUUGGUGUGUGUUAGAUGAUCAAAACCCAUCGUCAAACGCUUCGUUGGUGUGUGUUAAAUGAUCAAAACCCAUCAUCAGACGCUUUGUAGAUGUGUGUUAAAUGAUCAAAACCCAUCAUCAGUCUUGUUUAUCCAUUUUUUUGUCUGAUGCAAAGUAGCAUGUCUGAUGCAAAGUAGCAUGUAUAAGAUACCAAGAAGCUCUAUUAAUAUCCUUGACCAUCCCAUUCCAUUCUUUGUUUGAGUGCAAAAAUUACUAUCAGAUGUUAAUUUUUUUUCACUUUGCCUGAUAACAUCGCAGCAUACAGCAGUAAGCCAGAAUGUGAUAUUGUUUAUACGUGUGCUACAGGUGUAAAUAAUAGUGCUGAGUUAAUACCAGCAAGAGCAGUAAGCCAGAAUGUGAUAUUGUUUAUACCUGUGCUACAGGUGUAAAUAAUAGUACUGAGUUAAUCCCAGCAAGAGCAGUAAGCCAGAAUGAGAUAUUGUUUAUACUUGUGCUACAGGUGUAAAUAAUAGUACUGAGUUAAUACCAGCACGAGCAGUAAGCCAGAAUGUGAAAUUGUUUAUACCUGUGCUACAGGUGUAAAUAAUAGUACUGAGUUAAUCCCAGCAUGAGCAGUAAGCCAGAAUGUGAUAUUGUUUAUACUUGUGCUACAGGUGUAAAUAAUAGUACUGAGUUAAUACCAGCAUGAGCACUUGUGCUACAGGUGUAAAUAAUAGGUACUGAAUCAAACAUUGAUUUUGUUAACACUAAUAUCGUUAAACAGAAGUUUUAUUGCCUGAACUUUCUCACAGUACAUGUUUUGUGCGCUUUUUAUGACUGCCAUGAGCAACAGAAGCAAACAAAAGUUUGCUGUAGGUGGAUCUUUAAGUAGGAAAAUUAAUUAGCCCUUUUUCUCAACUUUUCUGUCUGUAUUUUAUAUUGUACUGCUCUCAGCUUUAAAGUAUGCUAAAAAAAAACGUACAAUCUAAGAUUAUGAAUGAAUGCUGAAAGUAAAUCAGGGACGUGUUGAUGAGGUAGAAAAUAGAAUCUCUGAAGUUCAAAGGUCAGAUGUGAUGCAGACAGCGGGUCAGGGGGUUAUAUUUGUGCUGUCAGAACUUGUACUUUGAGCUGUUCAGCUAAAACAUAAGUUCCAAAGGCAUUUAUGAAAACAUAA